AUGAAUUCAGAUGAUAUGAUUAUCAAGUUCACAAAAGCCCUGGAGUUGCUCCAGGAACCUUUGGAAAAACUCUUGGAAGAAUAUCAUCCAGAUUGUCUUGUUGCAGCUAUGUUCUUUCCAUGGGCUACUGAUGCUGCAGCCAAGUUUGACAUCCCAAGACUGGUUUUCCAUGGAACAAGUUUUCUAUCUUUGUGUGCUUCAGAACACAUGAGGAUUUUCAACCCCUACAAGAAUGUAUCAUCUGAUUCUGUGGGGUUCGUCUUGCCAAAUCUUCCCCAUCCUCUCAAGUUUAAAAAAAACACAGAUUCCUAA